ACUGGCUAACUUGCUCUUCUCACACACGUCCGUUCCCGAGAUUUGAGCUUGUAUCGUUGCCGUCAUAUCGUCUCCUAACUCACGAUCCCCGAACAGCUUCACACCCCAACCUCGCCCACCAUGAUACCACGCAAAGACCGCGUAAAACCAACAAGCUAUCCUGUGCUUAUAUUCCACAUCGUCCGCAGCGCACAGCUCAUCUCGGCGGUAGUAGUGGCGAGCAUACUGUCCUACUUCUUGUGGCAGCUACAUCACGACAACUACCGGCUUCCUUGGACGUUCAUCUUGCUUCUCACAGUCGCCUUGUUGACACUCCUGUUCCUCUCGGCAACGACCUUCCUCCACUGCUUUCACGGUCUAAAUCCUCUCUUCAACAUCGCCCUCAACAGCAUCCUGUUCGUACUAUGGGCCCUCGGCUUUUCCCUCCUAACCAGGUGGACCUCCGGCACACUCGCUCAUGUCUGCAAUGUCAAAACCUGGGACGACAAUACCGGCAUUAUGAUCUGUCGCAUAUACAAAGCGCUCUUCUCCUUUUCCCUCUUCGGCGUCAUCUCCAGCCUCCUCGCUCUCCUCCUCGACAUCCACGUCCAGCGUAAAACUACUCAGCGAGGCAAAUUCACCGCUCUCCAACCCGUUGAUAAUAAACACGCGCCCUCACAGCAUUUGCCCCAAGAAGCUGAAGAAGCAAACCCGAAUCCGAUGGCCAGACGUCAGCAGACGGGUGGGGCAGGAUAUACUGCCUUGGAUGCCGAUAUGCCGUAUGACGAUACGCAGUACCGGGGUGCGGCUGGCCAUUUGAGCGGGUGAGGAUGACAACGGUUUAAUGUAGAUGGUAUGAGUUACGGAGGUUUUUAAGAAAUCAGUCGAGUUGCUGCAUGCAUUCUGGUUGCGUGGCGUUUGGCGUUCGGGUUGUCCGAUGCAAGGUCCACGAGAAGGCGCUAUGGCUCCACUCCACGAAAACGACGUUA